GGAAUGGCCGACAAGAAUUCCUAUCCUCACCUCAGACAAUCCUUUAACAUACCCCUCCAUCUCUUGCUCGGAAAUAACUUGUUCUUAUUCAAAAAUAGGUGGUCAUAUGGAGUAGUUCUGUGGGAAAUAUAUAGUAUAGGGGGUUCACCAUACCCUACGAUUAGUAACCGACAACUAGUGAAGGAGCUAAGAAAUGGAUACAGAAUGGAGAAGCCCAGUUUGUGUGGCGAUGACAUAUAUAAAAUCAUGACGGAUUGUUGGCAAGAAAAUCCAGAGGAUCGACCAUCGUUCACCAAGAUCAAACAAGACAUUGAAGAACUCAUGACUCGAGAUAACCCUUACCUCGAAGUGCAAGGAAUAGACCAGAGUAACUGUUGUUAUCUUGUGCCAUCUUUUAACAGUGACAUAUCAGAAACAGAGGACUCUAUUGAGAUGUAGACAGCGAAACCUUGGAUAGAAAUUUCAUUGGAUAAGCAGUCACUAUAGCCGGCGUGCUAUGAUUGGUUAAAAGGAUCUUGUAUGGCAAUCACAUGUCAUGCUCAUGUUACGACUGUGCGGCGUGUGCCGUGAAUGUUCCGCUACUAUACGCUCCUAAAAAUAAGGUCUUUGUUUGGCGUUCGAGGUUAAAUAUAGGUUAAGUCAAGUCCAGUAGAUAUGCAAUGCAUUUGAUUUAUGUCAUUUCGAGAGCCUAUGUUCCUUAUGGUCAGCAUCUCUCCUUCCGGUGCUGACCAUGGGGAUUGCGGACAUGCAUUCAAGAUUACCUAGAGACUGAAAGCCGUAUUUUCCUUUAGGCUCUACUAACCCACGCGAUUGAGACUAAAAAAAAAA